UACCAUUCGUUGGCUUUCUCAGUACAUUACACGAUCUCUCUCUUUGCUUCUCAAAUUUUUGCACAGAUCCUGCUUGUGAACAAAAAUGUCUGGGCGUGGCAAGGGAGGUAAGGGGCUAGGAAAGGGAGGAGCCAAACGUCACCGCAAAGUCCUUCGUGAUAACAUCCAAGGCAUCACAAAGCCAGCAAUUCGCCGUUUGGCUCGCAGAGGUGGUGUGAAGCGUAUCAGUGGUCUGAUUUAUGAAGAGACCCGUGGAGUGCUCAAGAUAUUUCUUGAGAAUGUGAUAAGAGACGCAGUGACCUACACCGAACACGCUCGCCGCAAGACUGUUACAGCCAUGGAUGUGGUGUAUGCACUGAAGAGACAGGGCAGAACCCUUUAUGGGUUUGGUGGUUAGGGCUUUUGAUUCUGAUUGUAAGUCUUGCAGUCAAGAAAUUAUAGCGUUUUGGGUAGGCGUUUUAGAUGGGGAAGUUGGUAGUUUUUGGGUUUAGGGAUUAUUGUAAGUAAUCUUAUGGGUUAGGCUAAUGGGUAUGUUUUACGGCUUUUUGGUGUUUUGGGCUUUGUUGUAACUAAUAUUGAAUUUGAAAUGAAAUGUGGUGUUUGAUUGAAAUA